GGAGCGGGGAGAUCAGGAGCUUCGGAGCAGAGAGGGGGGAGAGACGGGACCAUCCUCCGAGCCGCGGACCUCUUUCCGGUUUCCCUCCUCUCCUGCCUCACACGGGACGGGCCCCGUUCACACGUGCGGCUGCCCCAGGGAGCGAGCCCACCUGAAAUAUUAAAAGCGCAGAGGAGACUGCCUGGACGUGAACCCUGUCCCCUCCGCUGCGUUUGAAAGGAGCUUCUGUGGGAGACCAGCUGCCGAGGCAGCAGCAGAGGCACAGAGGACCUGGACUCCAGCGCUCCUCCACCUGGAGGGGGGGUCUUUAGCUGCGCCCCGGACGGCAGGGGGGUCCUUCAGCUGGGGGUAACGCUGACCACAGUGAGGUGGCAGUGGCGUCCGGAGUAUAGCACCCCUGGUCUGUCCCUGCCCCAGCACCCAGACCCAUGAUGGACAUCGCCAUGGGAACUGCACCCAGAGCAGCACACUAGAGGACCACGGGGAACUUUUGGACAGGAACAGAAGAAAGGAUGUCUGAGGAGGACGCGCCAGCGCCAGCGGACUCGCCAGCAGGGGGCGAUGUGGAAGCAGGGGGCGAUGCGGAGGCAGGGGAACAGCCAUCCAGAGACAGCCGCAAGUUGGACUGCAUCAUCUGCUACUCCGCCUUCAACCUGAACGAGAGGCUGCCGCGUAAGCUCUACUGCGGGCACACCUUCUGCCAGGCCUGCCUCCGCCGGCUGGACACCGUCAUUAACGAACAGCAGAUGUGGAUCCCGUGUCCGCAGUGCCGGCAGAACACACCCUUACCACGCGGGGGCGCCACAGUCCUAGACCUGGACCUGGCUGCUUUCCUGGGAGUGAAGGCAGAGCUGGAGAACCAGCGGAUCAACACACGGCAGGGGGGCGGGGCCCAGGCGGAACACAAAGCCUCCUUCCGGAAGCAGCCAAUCACAGAGCAGCCGCCCUCCACCUGGGGCCACGGGGCGCUCGCCAUACCCAACUUUCGCCGGAGCCCCUGCUGCCGGCGUUGUCUGUUCUGCUGCUGGUGCUAGUCCGCUUAAAACCCAUGGAUAACAUGACAAGCAAGAAAACACCGAGUGGCUGUUGUUAUGCUAUGGCCAGCCAUUUGAUGCAAGUCACCACCUGAGGAUGCAGGGGAACAAUGCUCCUACUUUGGAAGUGCAGCAGUGACAUGUUCAAACUGAUGUGCAACCAGGUGCUGCUGUCACCAUGUGUCCCUCAUGUGUUUACCAGCCCCUGGACAAGGCCAGUAAAAGUUUGGCAUUUUUAGGGUAGACAUCUGGUUCAGAUUGCCCAAGUGGACCAGGCCUUUUUAAACUAUGCAUGGAACUCUGCACCACCAUACUUACUUAGCAUCAUCUUGAUCUGGUUAUGAAAUUUCCCAUCCUUGGUUAGAUCACUUUGACCCAUGUACUUAUUCUGUCUCUUUGCAUUCAUUUCCAUGGCAAUUUCACAAAAUCGGACUGGUUGACCUGACUGAGGAUUGUAACCAAAGGAAACAGAAAUUUUCAGUCACCACUCAAAACCAGUCUAUGCCCUGCGGUUGUCAAAGAGGUGAAUACUAGUGCUGCAGUCAACUAUACCACAAGCAGUCACACAAAGCUGCAUUUCUGUGUUUUGUUCAUUGAACUUUUCAUUGGGUAAGCUGACACCUGCUUGGAAGGACUACUUAAAAAAUAGUUUUAAAGAGUUGCUGAUCUGGUUCGACUGCUUUAUUGUCCUUAAACAUAUUGUGUGCUUUUUCUAGAUCCGAGUAGCUGAUGUAAUUCGUGACAUUUUGUGGCAUCCCAUUUGACAGUGGUACAAGGCAUAUCCUUGAAAAUCAUUAUGUCAAAAACACUUCCUCUUCUGUUCAACAGAGCUACUUAAACUAAAAACACCUGAUUAUGAUAAUGCUAUAAUAAUGGAAGGCACCAAAUGUUUUAUUUUUCUUUUUUAUUAAAUUGAAAUAAUGAAAUAAAUGUAUUUCAUUAUUUGAUGAGAGGACCAUAAAAAAUGGGAAGACAAAAAAAAAAAACAAAUAAAAUCCAUCCAAUAUGCCCGAAUGGUUUCCUAUAAAAAGCACUAAGUUUUGCCGUUUUAAUCUCAAUCACACUGUAUCCAGACAAUUUCACACUGGGUUAAAACAAAAAAAACAAAACAAAAAACCAUUUUGUAACCUAAAACAGCUCAAGGGCAGUCAUAGAAAAAUGAAUGACUCGCAUUUGAAUAUGCUCAGUAUGAGGCACUAAGACAAACCAUUUCUCGAAACUUAAAACUACAGCUGUGAUUUGUCAAUUAUGUAACUUCUGCCACUGGAUUAAAGUUAAGGUUCCAACUGGCUCCUUGGAACCUUCACAAAACUGCAGAGAUACCUUUGUGUUAGUCUUAGACCUGAUUUUGACGGCCGUACAUUUACGCACAUUGCAAUCCAAAAUAGUCCGAC